AAGAAAAAGAAAAUGGCUAAGUUCAUUGUCAUCUUUAUUGUACUCAGCUUUUUGUUUGCUACUCAAUUUUCCAAUGCAAAGGAAUUAGCAAAUCCAUCACAGCCAAUCCACAAGGAUGGAGGAGAGGGUUCGCUUACUAUCGCAGAGUGUCCUGCGGCAUGUAACGUUCGGUGUUCAGCAACAUCUCACAAGAAGCCAUGUUUGUUCUACUGCAAUUAUUGUUGCAAAAAGUGUUUGUGUGUACCAUCAGGAACAUAUGGACACAAAGAAGAAUGUCCUUGCUACAACAAUUGGAAGACUCAAGAAGGUGGACCAAAAUGUCCUUAAUUAGAUUAAUAUAGUUAUGUUGUUUUUUAAUUUUGAUUAAGUCUAUGUAAACGUUUUAAGUAAUUUUAAUAUUA